AUGACUAAAACUGUUACUGUGAAUACGGUGGCUGUCACGUCACUGAGAGAAACAAAGAAGCCGGAGAUCAAACCGGUGCUUGCGAGCGUUUGGAAGGAGAUUCAAGGAGCUGAUGAUUGGGAGGAUCUAAUGGAACCAUUGAAUCCUUUACUCAGAGAUGAGAUAGUGAGGUAUGGUGAGUUCGUUAGCGCUUGUUACAAGGCUUUCGAUCUCGAACCGGGCUCAAAACGAUACUUGAAUUGCAAGUAUGGGAGAAAAAACAUGUUUGCCAAGGUAGGGAUGGAGAAACCAGGCUAUAAUGUUGUGAAAUAUAUUUAUGCCACGCCGGACAUCAGCAUUCCCAUGCAAAGCACGGCGUGCUGUGGCCGGUGGAUCGGUUAUGUCGCGGUUUCUAAUGAUGAGGAAACAAAGAGACUGGGCAGAAGAGAUAUACUUGUUUCUUUCCGGGGAACGGUGACUCAGUCUGAGUGGAUUGCCAACUUCAUGAGCUCACUCACUCCUGCCAUGUUAGACCCUACUGAUGCCCGGCUAGAAGUUCAGGUUGAGACUGGUUUUCUCAAUCUUUAUACUUCUGAUGAUAGCACAUGUAAGUUCAGCCAAGGGAGUUGCAGACAACAGUUAUUGUCGGAGAUUUCAAGAAUGAUUAACAAGUAUAAAGGUGAAGAAAUGAGUAUAACUUUAGCCGGACAUAGCUUGGGUAGUUCUUUAGCAACUUUGCUUGGCUAUGAUCUUGCUGAACUUGGGCUGAAUAGAGAUGGCAAUAAUGAAAUACAAAUCACAGUGUACUCGUUCGGGGGGCCUAGAGUCGGCAAUUUUGAAUUCAAGAAGAGGUGUGAAGAACUCGGAGUUAAAGUUUUGAGAGUGGUGAAUGUAAAUGACCCGGUAACGAAGCUGCCCGGAGUUUUCCUCAAUGAAAAUUCAAGAGUUCUUGGGAAGUUUGAGCUUCCAUGGAGUUGCUCAUGUUAUACACAUGUUGGAGUUGAGUUGUCUCUUGAUUUCUUCGAGAUGGAAAACCCUACCUGUGUUCAUGAUCUUGAUGCUUACAUUGGCUUGUUGAAGUGCCCGAAUAUGGAGCAAAUGAGCGAAGAAGUUCCUUCAGCUCCGCUCUUAGCCAUUCUCCUCUUCCAGCUCUUGGUAUUCUCCUCUAUUACACUUGUCUCUGCAACAGGAGAUCAAUAUUGUGCUCCAUCAUCAUGUGGGAACCUCACAAACAUUAGAUAUCCUUUUCGUCUCAAAGAUGAUCCACCCAACUGUGGAGAUCUUAACUAUGAGCUCACUUGUGAUCAUCUCAACCACACCGUCCUCACUCUACUCUCCAACAGCUACUAUGUCAGCAAUAUCACAUACGAUGAUUCCUUCUACAUUAAUCUUGUCUACUUCAAGAUACAAGUGAAGUAUGUUGGGAUGGAGAAGUACAACAACAUUAAUAAUGGCAGCUGCAGUCAUCUUCCCCUUCCUGCCUCUCCUCUCACAUUCUCUAACUUGAGUCAUAACAAGCACUACAUGGCAUACAAAUGGGUUACUUUGGUGAAUUGCUCAAAAGAAGUGAAGAACAAGUCCAUGCAUCACUACUACAAUGACUACGACUAUGAUGACUACUACUACAAGCCAAUGCCUUGCUUGAGCCACAACAACAACUCCUUCGUCUAUCUCAUCAAUGGAUAUAAAUCAUAUGAAAUUCGCAACCUUAAACCUUCCUGCAGAUUUCUCGCCAUGUUUCCAGGUGAUAUUAAUGGGUACUUCUCAGGCCAACAACCACCUGAUAUAUUCAAGUUUCUAGCCCAAGGGUUCACCCUCAAUGGGGACAUUCGGAUGUUAAAUGCCAUCAUAGAUUGCUUAAGAAGGUCAAUGAGGUGA